GUGUGACGUAGGAGGAAGGAGACGCCAUUAGAGGGAGGUGGAGAGGGAGCGCUCUUCGCCUUUCCUCCGGUGCCUGACGUGGUGGCUAAGGCCCUUCAUUCUUGGACUUUCUCUCGGUCCUUCCAGGCCUCGCCCGAGGGCAGAGAGGAGCCAGCGCCGGGUCGGCGGGCCGUUGGCAGGGCGCGGAGUCGGCCGCGGCCGUGAAGGCGCUGCCGCGGCUGUGGGGAGCUCGGCGCAGUUCUCGUGCUCGGGCGGCCGGGAAGCGGCGGGAUGGCUGCGGCCGGCGGCGGAGCGGCGGCGGGCCGAGCUUACUCGUUCAAGGUGGUGCUGCUCGGGGAAGGCUGCGUGGGAAAGACGUCGCUGGUGCUGCGCUACUGCGAGAACAAGUUCAACGACAAGCACAUCACCACUCUGCAGGCAUCUUUCUUAACAAAGAAGUUAAAUAUUGGUGGGAAAAGAGUAAACCUUGCCAUAUGGGAUACAGCAGGUCAAGAAAGAUUCCAUGCAUUGGGUCCAAUUUACUACAGAGAUUCAAAUGGAGCAAUUUUAGUUUAUGAUAUAACAGAUGAAGAUUCUUUUCAAAAGGUAAAAAACUGGGUCAAAGAAUUACGGAAAAUGUUGGGAAAUGAAAUCUGUUUAUGUAUAGUUGGUAAUAAAAUAGACUUGGAAAAGGAGAGACAUGUUUCCAUUCAAGAGGCAGAAUCGUAUGCAGAAUCUGUAGGAGCAAAACAUUAUCAUACUUCAGCCAAACAAAACAAAGGAAUUGAGGAACUCUUUCUUGAUCUUUGUAAAAGGAUGAUAGAAACGGCACAGGUGGAUGAGAGGGCAAAAGGCAAUGGCUCCAGUCAACCAGGAGCUGCAAGGCGAGGUGUACAGAUUAUUGAUGAUGAGCCUCAAGCCCAGAGCAGUGGUGGAGGAUGCUGUUCUUCUGGAUAACCAUUCAAGCCUAAGAAAUUAAAAAAUAAAACAAAACUGUGGAUCAUUGCCCUCAACAUGAAGACUGCCAUAUUCCAAGUCACAUUAUUUUACCAAUGGAGUUAUAGAAUUAACAGUAUUUUAAAUUACAUUUAUAACACUGCAGAGACCUUAAGUGCUAAACUUAGUGGAGUUUGUGACCAGAGAAUUGGCAUUUUCUACAAAUGUUAACAAAGCAAUUACCAAUGGCCUUUUUACAUAUUUUUUUCUUUAAUGAGGAAUAAUAUGCAUGUAGAAAAGACCUACUUAAAGGCUUCAUUUAUAUUCUUUUAAAUCAGAUCUUUAUUUAAUAACUUAUAUAUGUUGUUGGAAUGAUAUACAUUUUUGCAGCCCUUUGUAUUUUGUGGUAGUUUGAAUUGUAUCACUUCUCAACAGCAAACUGUUUUUGUUUUUGUUUUUGAUUAGCAGAUACCUGAAGUACUAUUUUUGCAGGGUUUGCACAGGCCCCUAACUGUCUACUACUUUGAUAUAAUCUAAAUACAUCCUGUACGCUGAGCUGGUAAAAUACAUUGUAAAUUACAUAUUAAAUAUUUUAUCUGCUUUUACAAGCGCAAGGUGCAAAAAUAUUUACAGUAGUCUCAUUGAUGACCGUAAAGUGAAUUAACAUUUGGUGAUAAUGCCUAAGCUUUUUGACUGAUACAAAGAUCAUCGCUCCCUUUCACUUUUGUCUUAACUUAAAAGUGGCGUGUUUAAAUUUUCACACAUAUUUUACUUGAAUUAUUGCUGUUGUCACAUUUUUUGCCUUUCUAAGUCCAUCUGAUGAUUGAACAGCAGCAUUUGCCUUUUGGUUUGGAUUUUGGGUUUGUUUUAGAGUUUUUUGUGUGUGUGUGCGUACGAGUGUGUGUGUGUGUGUGUGUGUCAGUGUAUGUUGUUGGUUUUUUUAAUAAAAAGAGAUGACUUCUGCUGAUUUUUGCUUUACAAUGGUUACCUUAGAAGAAUUUGAGUGGAGCAUGCUGAGUUUCACUUCUGCAACAGCUUUAGAUUUCUUAGGCUUUAUAUAAGCUGGGUUCACUGGCAUGAGAAAAGAGGAAGAGGUCCCAGAUUGUAACCACUCACGAAGACUCAUUCAUAUAGCAUGUUAGUGGUAUUUAUGCUCCUGAGGCAGCACUUGUGAGCAAGUCUGUUUGUUCAUUGCUUGUCAGAGAUGAACACAGAACAUUCUGUUCAUUUUAUAAGAGCUAUCCUGAGCUUCUGUAGAGGGAAGCAUUUCAUGUAAUGCAGUUAUAGCAGACACUGGAAAGAUUUAUUAUGAAAUUAUAUUCUUGUAUACUUUGUAAAUUAGUCCCUCAUUAGACUGCUUUCUUUUAGCAUAGGACUGAACUUAAAUUUGUUAAUUUUAAUAGAAUCAGGUGCUGCUCACAGAAGGAACACAGAUUGUAGAAAUUAACAUGAAUUGUUCUUGUUCUAAUAUAUAUAUAUUUUUCCAUUUCUGUCAUGCUUGGAAAACUAGUAAAUGUUAUGUCUAAGUUAAAAUGGAAUGGUCCUUGGAUUUACUUAUAAGAAGCAGAGUAUACAAUAAAGCUGUUAGCAUGAGCGAUUAAGAGGAUAUAUGGGGUUAUAGUUACUGAAGAAGUACUAUCAUAUUUUUAAGUUAAUAGCUUAAACCUUCUCAAAUGGGUUAAAAGUUGAAAUGACUUGACACCUUGAUGUUGUGAUGUUAGAAUUUUAUCGUAGUAUUAAAUGUUCUUUAAGCCCUCACUUAACAUUCUUUAUUGUCCUUGCCAAACUCAGCAUACUGACCUCUUAUGUUAUGUGUUUGAGGAUGGUGGGAGUGGGAAGAGUUGGAGAUAAGCUAAAAUUGUCUCCUUUUAUGGGAUGAUUAUGCUCUGUAUAAUCUCUUGGUUUCCUGUGAAGUCAGCAUUUAUUCAGGGAUGGAAGAGGCAGUGGGAAUCUUGAGUCUCCCAUGAAAGUUAUGUUUUUGCCCUUUUGGCUCUUUUAGAGGGAGUAAAGAAAGUUUUGCUGUUCCUACUUUUAAGAUGAUAAAUAAGCUUUUCUCAUUGGUGUGCAAUGUGUUUUGUAAACUAGAGGUGAAAUUCAGCUUUAUUCCAAAAGUUAGUUUUAAAACCUGAUAAUUGGACAACUAUACUUCCAUUUUUUACCCUCUUUAUUAUUAAAUUCCAGAUUGGAAUAAUAAAUGGGAAUUUAAAUUAAAUUUAUUAUUAAAUUUAUCUAGUUGCCAAAUUAUUGGUAGGGCAUAACUAUUUUCCAUAUUUUUUCCCUUACCUUUCCAUGAUUUUUGUGUAUUUUUCUUAACCUCAAGUAUUUUGCCCACCCUUCUCCCCCUGUGUGUGUCUGUCUCCACCUUCUCCGCCCCCCCCCCCAAACUUGUAAUUCAGGUUAAUUUAAUAGCAACAAUAGGUAGUAGGUUAUUUCUGUUGCUUUGAAUCUCAAAAGGUCUUUAAGGUAGGUAUAAGGUGAAGGAGUGAUGAAAUUGGAUCAGUCAGCUGCAGUAUGUAUAAGAGGAAAGAAAAAGAGAGGAUAAACCCCAAGCUAGGAAGUUUUUCUGAUACUUUCUUCAUUUCUAUGUAUCUUUUAUGUUCCUGUCCUAAUAAUUGUGCUAUUAGGAAGAAAACACAAGUUAUGAUGUUGUAUGUUAAAAAGUAUAGGUAGGUAGAACAAAUAUAUUUUGAACUAAUAAGUUGAAAAAUUGGUUUUAGGAUAGUUAUUAAAAAUUCUCAAGUGCUUAAUAUUAUGUUAAAAGUAUAUAGUUAUUGUUUCUCUAAUGACGGUGGGUAUUCUGCUUCUUGUUUUGCUUUCUGAUUACAGGGGAAGGUUAUUUUUAAAAAUGUAUAUUGCAACAAUUUGGGAUAACAUUAACCUGAAAAGAACAAAACAUUAUGUUAUUGUAUGAAAUAUGAAUGUUUGAAUUUGUUUUGUCUGGAGUAUCUCCUGAGACUACCUAUAGAUAUGCUUUUUUUUUUUAACUAAUAGAAGUUAUUAAUGGGGUUCUUUUUCUUUGGCAUUAAUUAAAGAAUGAUAUUUUCAUCUUUAGAUUUCUAGUAAUAGAAAGUAAAAUUGAGGAAAUGGGAAAAGAAGGUAGUGAAGAAUGGAAUGGAAAUCAAGUAGAUAUUAAACUCUACAACCUGACAUUUUAAAAAUCAGUUUGAAAAAUACAUUGCUUUUCUCAAAUAGUUUCUAAAUAAUGCAAGAGAGUCAUUGUGCCAAAUAUUUGAAAGAUUUUUAAAAGGUAGAUUAUGAUACUGUGUUUCUUUUAACAUAUAAUUUGCAAUUUUCUGUAAUAUAAGUGCUAUUGGGAGUCUAGAUCAUUGCUCAUCUCUAUUACCUCCAUAUAAUAUAAUUUGCCCAUAAUAUAAAUUACCUCUAGAGGUAGUUUUUUUCUGUGCUUUUAACAUUCAGAUUUUAUCUUCUGUUAAUUAUUUGAACUUUUCAUGGUUUUCUUUGUAGAUAAAGUGUGACAAGGAAUACGUAAUUUGUGAUCUUUUACUAUGUUGGGAUAUUUAGGUAGAGGGUGUAGACAGUAGUGGCCAACAGGAGCAACUAAAGAUAAAGGACUGAGUAGAUCCUUACGUACUCUUUUAAUUACAAAAUGCAUGACCUAGAUUUUAAUAAAAAGCAGGAAUUGUUGAAUUACAUAUACUUGAUUUCAUCAUAGGCAUUGAUUUCACUUGCUGUUCUGUUAUUUUUAAUCACCUGUGACAGUAGUAUAUUUGGUACUAUGGAUGAAAAUUCAUACCAUAAUAUGUCUUGACUUUGGCCUUUCUCUCUUCAAGAAAACAAAUUAAUUACAAUUUUGAGCAAAAUUUUCCUAAUUGUGUUUUAGUGUUAUAUAUAACACUAAAUAGAAUAUAAUAGAACAAAUUAGAAAUUCUUUUAAGAGUUUCCAAUUUGAAGCAGAAAUACUUCUCUUCUAAACAAUAGCACAUUAAUUUGGUACACUUCUUAGUGCUGCUUAUACUAUCCAAGAUUUAUGUCUCAUCUCUUUUCUGAAAAGCUUUUAUGCUUUUUGAGUGUAACUCUUUUUACUGCAACAUUUUCUCUUUAGUAAAUAUGGUAAGUUAAUGUUACUUGCUGUACCCAGUAAAACUUUUAUUCUUAAAGCAUCUUGUCCUCUUUAGAAGGCUUACACAUAUGUAUCUCAUGAAAACUACAAGUCAAGAGAUGGGGGUUGCCUUCUUAAAUGGCCUUAAUUCCCAAUAUACCAGUUCUUACUCUUGAUUCUGAUAUUUCCUAUCAAAUAUCUACUCAUUAUCAAGUGCUUAAGAAAAAGCAAAUAAUUUACUUAAAUGAAACAUGAUGAAAAAAAAAGAUGAAGGAUAACAAGAAUUAAAGUACAAUAAUGUUGAAGAAAGACAAUUGUAUUUGCUAAACUGUUAUCUUUGGCAGUUUAGGGAAACUAUCAUAUGUAGUACUUCCUAGAAAUAUAAGAGUUCCUUUUUUUUUGUAUUUAUUAUGUAAGAAUACAUUCUAGGAAAAAAUUAAAAAGAGAUGUUGUCAACAUGUCCCUUUAUGCCCCCUUCCAAAUGAUAACUAUUGCUCUCUUGUAUAUGCUCCUCAAUCACCUUUUCACUAAACAUUUAUAUACAUACAUGUUUCCUUAUAGAAAUACAUAGUCUUGUGGGUAUUAAUUUUGUGUCUUAUUAUAUACAUGUUUUGCAACUUUUACCAACAUGUCCAGAAGCUCUUGGUUCAGUAAAUACCUGCUUUCUCCUUUUC